AUGCACACCUCAUUGGUCACCUUUGCGCGAUCUGUGUGGAAGGGCCCCUUCUACGUUCACUUCCCGAACCUUCAAGAGAGCAUUCGCACAGGAACGCCGAUUAAAACGAUGGCGCGGGCAUGCACGAUAAUGCCCGAUAUGGUCAACGCAAAAUUCCUGGUUCACAACGGCAAGGAUUAUAUUCCCGUGCGCGUCACAGAGGAGAUGGUUGGCCGCAAGCUGGGCGAAUUCUCGCAUACACGGAAGAGCUUCUCAUACCGUCUCACCAAGAACAAGUGA